AAUGUUAAAAGGAAAAUAAUACUAAUAAAAGUUUUUGAAUUUGAUCGUUCGGUUUGUAUAUUCCACACCACGCCGUCGCCGCUCCACCGCCGCCGCCUCAGCUUCCUUUUCCCGUCAUUCGUCUCAAUUCCCAUACCCUUUUACUGUUAAUUUCAAGUAGCAGAUCGAUAAUUUAAGCGAAUGCAAUGAGCGGCGGGAGCUUGUCGGCAGCAGCGGGAGUGCCAGCAGCAUCUUCUUCGACGGGCGACGAUGACCAUCAUUUGCAUCACGGCUUGGCGUUGGCGGCGGCAGAUGUCAAUUUACUCACCCUUCAAGAUCGCAAGGAUCAGGCCAUGCUCGCUCUGAAAGCUGAUUCAAUGGAGAAGCUCAAUAAGGAGGUCAAGUCCCUGGAUGAAGAUAGCUGGAUGUUUGAUGGCCCACGAUCCCGCUUUCACUUGAUUUCAAAACCACGUGAUCUUCCAGCACAGGAGUUCCGAAAUGACAAAUAGUCAGUACACAGCCUCACAAAAAUAAUGGUACAAUCUCGAUCACUUUUAUCCAUAUUUUCUGGUCUGCUUGGUUACCUUAAACCUGUUUUCCGAGCUGCACAAUCUCGGUUUCAGGUGUGUUCUUGGUUAAAUUUUCAUUUUUUGGGUCCAUAUGUGCAUUGCCACACCUACAGUGUGUUUUCUAGAUCGAAAAUGCUUAAAAUCAGUAGUAGAAACUGUAUUUUGCUUAUGCUCUUGCCUAUAUUACUGAAUGCUUUCAAAAUCGAAACGGUCCUUGAUUAGGUACCGAUAUGCAUUAUUUUGUUGCUAUUCGACAUUGCGACAUGAGCACUUUAGGAUUGGCACUAUUGUGCCGUCCGGUUGUUCUCGCGUCAAGUGUAGCAAUACACGUCGCUUGAGGAUUUAUGUCGAACUAUUUUGAAUUACAUUACAUAUGAUCCUACUUUGUUUGGAUGUUGGAAAGUUUAUGCUAAAUAAAAUUUAUAUUUAAUCAGUACGGUAACUGUCCCCGAUAAAUCAGUUUUAAAAUUCUUAUAUGAGAUGAAGGGUGAGUUGGAGGGUUGGAGGGGGCAACAAUCAUAGUUUCUAUAUGAAUAAAAGAGCCUAUCUAAUCAUGGGCAAAAUAUAAAUAAGAUAAUUAACCAUACACAUGUCUUCUAAUUUAAAUAAGUAAUGAUGUCUUGUUAUAAAUAUAAAAGAAUUAUAUUUUUAAUAUAAUAUAAAAGAUAAAUAUUUUUUCUGUUUCGGAUAAACAUUUUAUGUUACUCUUAAACACGGAAAUUAGGUAAAAUAAAAAAAAAAAAAGGAAAAAAAAUGAAUAA